AUGGCAGAAUGUUUGACAGGAGAAAACAUUCUAUUUUCGCUUGUGUCGUUGAGUGCGGGGAACAAAUCGGUGACGCAAACUCACGUCCAAGAGUGGUCGGUCGGUUCUGGCAACUGGAGGACAUUUCAUUACCGCAUAGACUCACUCUACUCUAUUGAAAAGCAGUCUGGACGCCGAAAGGGCGUCCUUCAGAGAGUUCAGACAUCCGCCUUCCACGAGGAAACCACUUCGGGCCUGACUCCCAGCUUUUGUUGCUGUAAUUUUAAUUUCCUUGCGCAUCAGUUGCAGUGUCGUCCGUAUUCAACCUCUUGGCUGGCAAGUUGUAUAAGCCCUCGACCAACAGUAGCAAAGGUCCGUUUCCACUUCCAUCAAAUUCUUGGACAAGUCCUGCGUUGCAGAAGGAUCCAAUCGUUGAGGAGCCAUUUGUGCGACCAUCAAGGCCCCGCCUUCUGCUGGUCCGUUCCGCAUCAUUCGGACCAAUCCGGAAGAAGAACACGUCUGACCCUCCCUUCAGGGAUGGAGGAACCCUCGUCUGAUCCAGCCUCUUCUUCAUCAUCACUGCAGCCCAUCAACAUCGCCUCUUCAGCACCUGAAACCAUUUCUGCUGUUGGUGAACCACAGCUGGGCAACAGGCCCACUUUUGAAACAUCGAGUGCUAAUGAUGAUAAUAAUGAGUCAGCAUCAUCCAUUUCCACCCCAGGCCCUUGCAAAUUACCACUUUCCGAUGAUGCUCCCAAUGGGGAAGAAGCACUGAUUGAAACUCUGAAAAAAGGGGCUGCAAAAGCAGAAGAUCGUGGAGUUGAGGGGUUAUCAGAGGCAGAUGAACUCUUAGUCUUGAAACCCCCAAUAGACAAAACAACAAACAUGGAUGAAAUUGUUAUUCCUCCAGCUGCCACUGUUGAAAUGCGUCCUCUGUGUUCUUCCGAUAGUGAGAUGAUGCGUAGUAACGAUGAGCAGUUGGAAAGAGACGAGGAAUUAAUUAAAGCCAUUACCGGAGCAAAGAAGAACCUCGCGUGCAAAAAUGGAAACGGCGACACGCUUUCACAAUUAGCAGAGCGUCUUGAGAAACCGGAAAUAAUUGAAGCAUUAUUCGAACGUGAUCCGGUUCAAAAAAACAAAGCUGCCGAUUCUCCUUUGAAAACUGAGCAAAACGAACCAUUUCCCAGCACGGGGUUUUACAAAGGAAAUUCACUGGGUGCUGGAGAUUGUUUUUUUGAUGCCUUUGCACAAGGCAUAAUUAAGCAACAUUCCAACAAGUCAAAAGCAUUUGAAUUUAAAGAGAAUGGAGAAUCAGCCGUGAGGAAAUUGAGACAAGAUUGUUUCAAUUUUAUCUCUCAUCACCGAGACACUGUUGAUGAGAAAACGAAGAAAACGUGGCAAGAAAUCAUUGCAAAAGACGCAAAAGGUGGAGGUUAUAUUUCUACAAAUGAACCCGGAAGUGAACAAUCCCACUUUGUCAAUUACUUAUUGCGUGUCAGGUUGACAGCAGCGGAAAUAAUGACUAACCCUUUGUUGGGGCCAACUAUUUGGGGUCGUCCAGAAAUCGAAGGACGAAUUUUAUGCGGGGAAUAUGGAGUCAAACUUCACGUGAUUGAAAAACACGAGGUUGACAAUCAAUUGCUAUUUGCUCAUCAGCUUAUUGGAAGCAAUUACUCAAAAUCUAUCGACGAGAAAACGGUUUAUGCCCUUUACAAUGAACCAAAUGUCAUUCAUAUCAUCAAUGAAGGGAGAAACCAUUUUGAACCCGUUUUACCAAGUUCACCUGCUGAUGGUGAAAAACAAGUUUUAACUUUACCUUAUUCUGGGGAAUCAAAAACACCUUCCCAAGAAAACCCUGAACGCAUUAUUCAGGCAGCGCCAUCUGUUGAUGAGAAAAACAAUCAAUUCCUUGCAAAAUAUUCCAAACAAUUCAACUCGAAUCAGCGUCCAAAAUUGGCAGAGGAUUGGUCAGAAACUAUCGACGAAGCAAAGGCAAAUGCUGACUUUAAAAUCCUGAAAAUAUCCACUGAUGAAACAUUGGACCAAGUUUUGGAAUUUAUGCAGCAAGAUUAUUUUUGUCAAACCUGUCAAGAAGCCACGCAC